GGGUAAUAAAACCAUGAUUUUUGGACAUUGAUUCAAAAUUUAUUAUUUCAUGAAUUCAAUAACAACAGAAUCAAUGCUGCUAAAGGAUCUAAGGGCAAAAUGGUCAAGUAAUUUAUAACCAAAAUUCCCUACAACAGAACAUAAUUAUUGAAAAAUAAAAAGUAAAAAAGAUUGAAUAACCGUUGGUAGUUUGGUCCCCGCCAUUUCAGUCGUAGCUUACAUGGAGGAAAUAAUUUUCAUCUGAAUUCUGACUAAGUCUUCACUUAAUUCAAGAUUAUCAUACCAAAUGUCUUCUUUUUUUCACCAAAUCUUGAAAUCCAAUUGACACUUUAUAAAAUUUGUAGAAAAUAAUGAAGAUGUUCUCAAAAUCCAUGAUCUUUUACAUACUCUUGUUUUCUGUCAAUAUUAAGGCACAGGAUUAUGAUGGUAAAUUACCACCUGCAGAAAAUAAUUGCAAUGGUAUUUUUUUAUCCUAUGUAUUCAUCUCUAGGACGAAAGAGCUUCCACAUGUAAAAAAUGCAACUGCACAAGCUUGGGCCUUUAAGGCUACAGCAACAGUACUUAAUGCAGGCAUAUAUGAGCUCAAGAACUGGAAAAUCUUCAUCGGGUUUCAAAAUCGCGAGCUUUUAGUCUCAGCUAGUAAUGCUGUUUUAUUAAGUGGUGAUGAUUUUCCAGCUCCUGUUGGAAAUGGAACUUACCUAGCUGGCUAUCCUCAGACAGAUUUGAAAACUUCGAUUGAUACUGCUGGUGAUGUUAAGAAGAUCCAAGCAGAGAUUGAGUUAACAGGUACACAAUUUGGAAUCAAGCCACCAGGUUAUCCCAUGCCUAAAACUAUUAAACUUUUCAAUGAUGGAUACAAAUGUCCAGCAGUAAAACGCAAAGGUAAGUCAACAAAAAUGCAUGUCUGCUGCUUGAAAGAUCCAAAAUUUAAGGUUAAAAAUUUCACAACCAAGUUUUUCCCACGGCAAAAUGGUGAUCUUUUGAUCUCUUAUGAUGUUAUGCAAGCCUAUACGAAUAACUAUCAAGCACAAGUGACCAUACAAAAUAGUAAUCCUCUGGGACGCCUUGAUCAGUGGAAUUUAACUUGGGAAUGGAUGAGAGGGGAGUUCAUAUACUCGAUGAGGGGUGCAUACACUCGCAAGAAAGACUAUUCGAAUUGUGUCUAUGGUGCUGCAGGACAGUACUAUAAAGACUUUGAUUUUUCUAAAGUUUUGAACUGUGAAAAGAAGCCUACCAUAGCUGAUUUGCCUCGAGAAAGAGCUCAAGAUAAAGAUGUAGGUAUGUUGCCAUUCUGCUGCAGGAAUGGCAGCAUCAUGCCCACUGUAAUGGAUGCAACCAACUCAAAGUCUGUGUUUCAAUUACAAGUCUAUAAGCUUCCACCAGAUUUGAAUCUAACAGCUCUUUACCCUCCCGAAAGAUGGAAAAUAGUAGGUCUUCUUAAUCCGGAUUAUAAAUGUGGACAAGCCUUAAGAGUAGAUGACGCACAAUUCUUGGAUCCAACUGGACUUCAUGCUACUGUAACAGCUAUUGCAAGUUGGCAAAUAGUCUGCAAUAUCACAAAGCCAAAAGAUAAAGCGAAUCGGUGCUGUGUUUCAUACAGUGCCUAUUACAAUGAUUCUGCAAUCCCCUGCAACACUUGUGCAUGUGGUUGUGACAAUUCUGCCAAAUGCAGUCAACAUGCACCAGGACUGCUUCUUCCUCCAGAAGCACUUCUGGUGCCAUUCGCAAACAGAAGAGAGAAAUCCUUGUAUUGGGCUAAACUAAAGCACUAUCGUGUCCCUAAGCAGUUACCUUGUGGCGACAACUGUGGGGUUACCAUAAACUGGCAUAUUGAUUCAAACUACAAAUCAGGAUGGACUGCUCGGAUUACUCUAUUCAAUUGGGGAGCACUUAAUUUCGUGGACUGGUUCGUUGGCAUCCAGUUCAAGAAAACAGGUUCAGGCUUUGCACAAGCUUUUUCUUUCAAUGGAACUUUGCUUCGAAACAUUAAUGACACAAUUUUCUUGAAAGGACUACCUGGUUUAAAUUACUUGAUGGCAGAAGUUGAUGGACCAAAACCUGGAGACCCUAGAGUACCCGGAAAGCAACAAUCUGUCCUUAGAUUUAAUAAGAAACACUUAAAAGGUAUUGAUAUAUUAAAGGGGGAUGGAUUUCCAACAAAGUUGCUAUUCAAUGGAGAAGAAUGUGCACUUCCCACACAUCUUUUAGCAGCAGAUGGAAGAAAAUGGCAUGCAAAAUCUUGGGUAAUCGCGAUGAUCACAUUGUUAACCUUCUUGCUGAUGCUAAAAGACCUGCAAUGAUUGAAAGGUGAUGAUGUUUUUGGCUUGUACAUUUCAAGUAAAUGGAAGGAAAUUCUCAAGUGAAACAUAUAGUUGACACUCUGCCAGGGGAAGUUUCCGUUACUAACCUCACAUUAGUAUAGCACCAUCUCCAGAUAUGAUUAAUGGAUUGAUAUUCUCAGCAUUAAACACACAUGAAUCGCGUUUUGCAGAAUGAUUCUUCUGGCUGCGCGCUGCAAAUUAAUGCACAUUGAAGCUCAUUAAAGCACCAAAAGACUGCAAAACAAAACAAAAAAAAAAGAGUGGUUUCAUCCAAGAACAUGGUCUUAUUUGUACCAAAUUUGAAGGAUCAUAAGCAGGGAUAUGGCUUUCUUGGUACCCUUAAAAGUGAAAGUAUGCAGUUUGUAAGAUAAGCUCCAUUGAUCAUGUGCAUUUUCCAGAUUGUGUGAACAAUACUUUCUAUUUCAUGGCAAAGGGAAAACUCUUUAGGAUUACAAUUGUUGUGUUGUUGAUCUCGUGGCGGUGUUUUAUGCUUUUAGAUAGACACAAUGGCCAGGGAAAACCUUACCCGCGCCUAGUGUUUGCACCAGACACAUGUAUCUUACAUAUAACCUUAACUUUAUCAUAUGUGAUACGUAUUUGCACUUUAAA